AUGCCUCCCGUGCCCGGGCGAUCAGAGCGACAUCGAGUCAUUUGUUACCACCAGACAUUGUGUCCGAACCGCGGCGAUUAUGUCUCGGUACUGCCCUUGGUGAAGAACAACACCGGCAUCACCCAUAUCAUCAUUGCAGCCUUCCACUUGAACGCAGAACCGGGACAUAUUACACUCAACGAUGACCCUCCCGAACACGAAAUGUACGAUCCUCUGUGGGCGGAAAUGCCCCUGUUGAAGCGCGAUGGCAUCAAGGUGAUGGGUAUGCUAGGUGGAGCGGCACAGGGAUCCUUUCGGUGUCUAGACGGAGAUCAGGACAAGUUCGAGCGAUACUAUCAACCACUUCUGGCCAUGGUGCGACGGCACCAACUGGAUGGGCUGGAUCUAGACGUGGAGGAAGAGAUGUCUCUGUCGGGCAUCAUCCGGCUGAUUGACCGGUUGAAGCUGGACUUGGGAGAAAAUUUCAUCAUCACCCUGGCGCCGGUCGCCGCGGCAUUGUUGGGAAUCGGAAAUCUUUCGGGGUUUGACUACCGGCAGCUCGAGCAGCAACGAGGGUCUAAGAUCAGCUGGUAUAAUGCGCAAUUCUACAACGGUUGGGGUCCAGCAGAAGAUCCCCGCAUGUAUGCCGCCAUUGUGGCCCAGGGAUGGUCCCCGCGGCGCGUGGUCUAUGGAUUAUUGACCAACCCAGGGAACGGGUCGCAGGGCUAUGUUUCACGCGAGAAGAUCGGGACUGUACUCGCGGUGCUGGUCGAGCAGUUCCCGGAUUUUGGAGGUGUCAUGGGCUGGGAAUACUUCAAUUCCCUGCCCGGGGAGCGGGAGAAGCCAUGGCAGUGGGCCGCGGAGAUGUUUCUCAGCAUGCACAUGAAGGAUUUGGUCGUUGCUGCACAGCAAGUGCUGACCACGGGGCCCAUGGCCAGCAGUCUGAUGAAUGUUCUCCGAGAUAUGAUGCAACAACGAUAG